CGUUAUAAUUUCAAUGCAAAAAUGAUUAAUUGUAUAAUUGAUGGAAUCAAUAAUAUUAAUAAGGAUUUGCAUUGCAAAUUAGUAGAAAGUAAAAAAAAUAAUGUAUCAGUGAUACGAUGCAAUUUAAACAAUGAAGAGGACGUUGACAUUUUUUUUUGCAUAUUUAAAGAAAUAACUGCUACGAAUUGGAUUGUUCAGGGGCAAUUAAAAAAUCCCGAUAGAGUCGUGUAUCAUAAAUAUUGGUUGUGCCAACACAGCCAAAGAAAUAAGGUAUACAAGAAAAAUUUAGACGAAUUAACUCCACGUAAUACAUUGUGUGAGGCUAAAAUUGAUAUUUUAAUUAAAAAAAAUAACAGAAAUACGAGAAAAAAUGAUGAUUAUCUAAAGCAAAAUCCUCCUUUAUGUGGACAAAUUACUCUAAGCAAUGAACAUAAUCAUACAAUCAAUACAAGUGGUUCAUUGAAAUAUUUACGUAUUAAUCCAGAAACUGAGCAAAUAUUCAUGCAUUAUUUUAAUGAUGGAAUGCGGCCAAGUGAAGCUAGCAGACAUCAUGAAAAUGUUAUAAUGAAAAAUCAUAGCCCUUUAAACCCUUUAAAGUUAUUGGCAAAUGGAUCUAUUAAUCCUAUAAAAAAUACAGUGUACCAUCUACAUAAUGUUUGGAGGAACUUAAAUUUUGGUUCCAUAGAUGCACCAUUAAUUAAAUUGAAAGAAAAUAUUGAAUUGUAUAAUUUAAAAGGAAUUUCAGUAAAUAUAAUGGAGGAAACAUCUAAUUGGGUUAUUCUUGUUGCUACUCCAAUAAUGAAAAGAGCCCAAAUGUUAAAUUCUUCAAAAGAAAUUAUAUUUUGUGAUAGCAGUAGCAGCUGCGAUACAUUGGAAACUACUAUCACCAUUUUAUUGACUGUCACUAAAGCUGGAGCAGUACCUAUUGCUCUAUUAUUACAUCCAGGACAAUCCACUGAAAGCUAUAAAUCAGCUUUUAAAUUUUUAAAGUUAAUUCACCCCAAAUGUUUUGGAAGCUUCAAUGCACCGGAUAUUUUUAUGACUGAUGAUUCUGCUGCUGAAAAACUGGCAUUACAUGAAGUUUGGCCAACUAGCAAACAGUUAUUAUGUCACUUCCAUGUAGCCCAGAAAGAAUGGCGUUGGUUAACUGACUCAAAAAAUCAAAUUUCCCAGGACAAAAGGCAGUUUAUGAUGGAAUAUUUUAAAAAAGUAUAAACAAUAAAUACUACACAUCUAAUUAGUCUAAACCUGACAUUUAUUAAUCAUCAGUAUCAGGGCAGGGCAAGAGGGCAUAGACCUGGGGUGCAGUUCUAAGAGGGGCACAAAUUUCAAUUCUACAUAAUAUCCUAUAGCACUACAUUUGUGAGUUGGAUUUUUUAAAGACAUUUCUUUAUUGCUUAACAAUGUAUUCUUUUUUUAUGUAAUUGGGCUA